UUCUGAUAACAGAAUAAAUUUUAAGCUUCGCAUUUAUCGCAUUCGCAAAUUCGUACUUAUUUACGUGUUUAAUGUUAAUCGAUUUCUUCAAGCAGCUAAUUUUUAAGCAGCAAAAAAUGACCGAUCGAAAUAGUAUCAAGAUUGAAUUUGCGGUUCAGAUUUCCGGCGAACGAUGUGCGGAGGAAGUGCAGAGCGCCCUCACCGGAAUCGGACAGGUUCAGAUCGAUGUGGCCAAGGGUAGUGUGCUGGUCGACACGGCAACUCCGUGGAUUGAGAUUCAGCGCAAGAUAGAGGCCACUGGAAGGAAGGCGGUGCUGUCUGGGUUUGGAGGUCAAUCGGCCGUUUCGAUGGUGGACCACGGCAACGAAUCGAGCAACGUGCGAGGUGUGGUCCGGUUUUGUGCGAUCUCCGCAGACAAACCCGGCACCGUCGUAGAUGGCGUUAUCGACAACCUGGCGAAGAGCCGUCCCUACAAGCUGAACGUGCACGAGUGUGGUGACAUUUCCGCAGGAUGUGAUUCCGUGGGUGAUGUGUACGAUUCUGCGGACAUAAGCUCGGACGAGAAUGGACGGGCGACGGUACGAUUCGUGAACGAUAAACUUGCCGUGUGGGACCUCAUUGGACGAUCCGUGGUGGUGGCGGAGGCGGACAGUGAGAAGAGGUUGGCUUGUGGGAUUAUUGCACGAGCGGCUGGGAUCUUUGAGAACUACAAGAAAAUCUGUGCAUGCGACGGGGUGACGAUCUGGGAUGAACGAGACAAUCCGCUGGCUGGAGGGAAUCGUGGGGAGCAAAAAUCCGCACUGUAGA